GGACAGGGACCAGUGGCCGCUGGGGACGGAGGGGACAGGAGCGCGGGGCAGACAGAAGGGCUGAAAGGGGGAGCCCCGACAUCUGGCCCGGGGGGGUCCAAUGGCCCCACCUUCACGUACACCUUCCGGGGCGACCCCCAUGCGAUGUUCGCCGAAUUCUUCGACGGUCGCAACCCCUUCGACACCUUCUUCGUCCAACGCAACGGGGAUGAUGAGGACGGUGAUGACACCUUCACCACCUUCCAUGUGGGAGGUUUCGGUGGCGUUGGCUUCCCCCGCGGUCGGGGGGGGCCAGAAGGCACCUGCCGUAAGCAAGACCCCCCGGUCCUCUACGACCUGAAGGUCUCCCUGGAGGAGAUCUACAGUGGUUGCACCAAGAAGAUGAAGAUCUCCCACAAGCGUCUCAACCCCGACGGGAAGACGGUGCGUAACGAGGACAAGAUCCUCACCAUCGAGGUGAAGCGGGGUUGGAAGGAGGGCACCAAGAUCACCUUCCCCAAAGAGGGCGACCAGACCCCCAACAACAUCCCUGCCGACGUUGUCUUCGUCCUCAAAGACAAACCCCACGGCGUCUUCCGCCGGGAGGGCUCGGACAUUGUCUACCCGGCAAAGAUCAGCCUCCGCGAGGUGAUGUUCUGCACCCUCAACACGCACAAGGUGGACAUGGAGAAGCUGCUGGGCGGCCAGAUCGGCCUCGAGGACUUCAUCUUCGCCCACACCAAGGGCCAGCGCAAGGAGGUCAAGGUCUUCAAGUCAGAGGAGGCCUUGGGUCUCACCAUCACUGACAACGGCGCUGGCUACGCCUUCAUCAAGGUGACACCCCCGGGAGGGGACAUUGUCACCGGGCAGGGAGACCUGGGGGUGCUCAGAGAAGGCCCUGAGCCACCCUGGGAGACAUCCCUCAAGCUGGGCCUCCUGGAGCGUGAGGACCCCUGGAGCAGCGUGAGCCACCCCCUCCGAAGCUUCUUCUUUCCAGUUGCAAUCAGUGACUCUGCACCCGGGGGACCCAGUGCCCCCCCCCCCAAGUGCGGCACAACCCUUCAAGUGGUGGAGAACAAGAAGACGCUUUGUGCUUG